CAAGGUGCGGAGUGCGGUAGCCGGAGGGGCGUGCCGGGACGAGAGUGCUUCGCAGCUUGAACCCUCUGGUUGGCUCUCACGGUUCACGUGGGAUAGCAGACCCGGGUGACGUCAACGUAGCGGGCGGAGCUCCGCUGAGUGCGCGUUGUCCCGGGCCUGUGAGUCGUAGCUUGGCUGUGUCGGGCCUGAACCGAGCAGCUGCGCGACGUCAUGGACACCUCCGGGAAGCAGGCUGAGGCUAUGGCGCUGCUGGCUGAAGCGGAGCGCAAGGUGAAGAACUCGCAGUCCUUCUUCUCCGGCCUCUUUGGGAUUUCCUUGGAUAACCUACACAAAUGGAUUUGCCCCUUGUGACUUUUCUCCCAUCUGCAAAAGGAAUCGGGACUCUGGAGAUCUGUUGCCACUUCACAGAGGCAGGGACCAGGGUAUGAGAGCAGGAGGCAGCCUGGGGCCAGAACAGGCAGUAAUCCCUCUGGCUUUCCCUGCAGUAGACAGGUCAGCCCAGCUUAGCACAGGAUCAGAGAGCUUCAGCGAGACAGACUUUGUGCUGAGUCUGCCUGUCGUGCUAAGCUGAAGCCAACCUAGCCAGCAGUGUCUGCUCUUCGCCACUCCGCCUCAGACUUCUUGGUGACCCUGGACACAUCUGCUAUGUCAGGAGCAUCUGGGACCCAUGGGACUUAGUUCCACCCACCAAAGGUUCAUCCAAAAUAGAGGAAGCAUGCGAGAUCUAUGCCAGAGCUGCGAACAUGUUCAAGAUGGCCAAGAACUGGAGCGCUGCUGGGAACGCUUUCUGCCAGGCUGCCCAACUGCACCUACAGCUCCAGAGCAAGCACGAUGCAGCCACCUGCUUUGUGGACGCCGGCAACGCUUUCAAGAAAGCUGACCCCCAAGAGGCCAUUAACUGUCUGAUGAGAGCAAUUGAGAUCUAUACAGACAUGGGCAGAUUCACAAUCGCAGCCAAGCACCACAUCUCCAUUGCUGAGAUCUAUGAGACAGAACUGGUGGAUGUAGAGAAGGCCAUUGCCCACUACGAGCAAUCUGCAGACUACUACAAAGGAGAAGAGUCCAACAGCUCAGCCAACAAGUGUCUGCUGAAGGUGGCUGGCUACGCCGCACAGCUGGAGCAGUACCAGAAGGCUAUCGACAUCUAUGAGCAGGUGGGGACCAGCGCCAUGGACAGUCCCCUCCUCAAGUACAGCGCCAAAGACUACUUCUUCAAGGCGGCCCUUUGCCACUUCUGCAUCGACAUGCUGAACGCCAAGCUUGCUGUUCAGAAGUAUGAGGAGCUGUUCCCUGCCUUCUCGGAUUCCCGGGAAUGCAAGCUGAUGAAAAAGCUGCUGGAAGCCCAUGAGGAACAGAAUGUGGACAGCUACACAGAGUCGGUGAAGGAAUAUGACUCCAUCUCCAGACUGGACCAGUGGCUUACCACCAUGCUUCUACGAAUCAAGAAGACCAUUCAGGGUGAUGAGGAAGACCUGCGCUAGGCCUCCAGCCACUGCCUUCCACCCAUCUGUCUGUCACAGAGGUGGAGCCAACACCUCCCACCAGGAGUCUGAAGGAGUGGGUGCAAUGUAGGCCUCAUCCUCCAGGGCACCAGGCAAGCUCUCCUGGAUGGCUGGUCACCCUAUGCCCACUGCGUCCUUCACCCCGCCAUUUAUUUAAGCUCCCAAAGGUGUCCUCCUGCUCUGGAAAACCCACCUGGACAGAUUCUCCAAUACAGACUUCUCUGUGUGCUUCAGGAACCUGGAGUCAGCAUCCAGUCCCAUCUCCUGACCAGCAGUGUACUAAGGCUAUUUCCAUAUCUCCUACCUUGUCCCCUAGCAGAGAUAAGAACACAGGUAGUUCUGAGACUUGCUCUCCCUGGCUGGGGGUAGCCUCUGCCCCUGGAGCUUUCCCUUGUUCCUACAAUGCCAACCUCUCAGGUUAGACCCAGCCCUGGAGCUCACAGGGUGCCUUGGCCCUGCCCUGCCCUGCACCUGCUUCUCUCCCUGCAUCCAGGUCUGUCUGUCGACUUGAAGCUGCGGCUGGCCCAAGAAAGACAAUAAAACCUGCCACUUUUGCAUGA